CGGGGAAUCGCCUGCACGCGGCCCUCCAGACGGCAGAGGGCCACCUGGGCGAGAGGAGCCGCGUCAGUAGGCGUCAUGAAGCUCUUUAGUGCGAGUCUCCUGUGCUUCCUCGUGUCCUGGGUGACCUGUGCCUCGGCGGGUCGCUACGAGGGGUUCCAGGUCCUCCGCGUCAGCCCAAGGAAGGACGUGGAGACGAAGCUGCUGGAGAGGAUGGAGCAGGAGGGCUAUCUGGACGUCUUCAGGAGGGGCCGCGACGGCUCUGUGGACGUGCUGGUGGACAAGGCCAAGGCGAAGUUGCUCGCUGAUUUCGGUCUCAAGAGUGACACACUGCUGAGUGACGUUGACAGGUUGGUGGAGAAUCAGAUGAGAGGGCGAGGUCAGGUCAGAUACGGAAAUGUGACCUGGGAUCGCUACAACACUCUUGAAGAAAUCUACGACUACAUGGACCACAUAGCCUCCGAGCACCCCGACGUAGCGACCGUCUUCAGUCUCGGAAAGACGUGGGAAGGAAGGGACAUCAAGGCGCUGCGGCUGACCAGGGACGGGGAUGAAGACACCAAACCCAUCGUCUUCCUGGACGCUGGUUUUCACGCCCGGGAGUGGAUAGCUCCUGCCGUGGCCUCCUACACCUUCCACUCCCUCAUGCACGAUGCCACGGGUCUGCUCUCCUCCGCCGUGUGGGUCGUCGCCCCUUCCAUGAACCCCGACGGCUAUGAGUACACUUGGACUGGUAUCGCUUAUGGCGCAAAAACGCGUUCGAACCGCACAAGUCUCUGCAAGGGGGUCGAUCCCAACAGGAAUUUCGACUUCCACUGGAUGGAGGUCGGCGCCAGCGACAACCCGUGUUCGGAGAUCUACGCCGGCCCUUCCGCUCUGUCCGAACCCGAGACGAUGGCUUUGGCAGACUACAUGGAGGCACACAGAGGCCGCGUCAAGGCCUACCUCACGCUCCACAGCUAUAGCCAGCUCUUCAUGUACCCUUUCGGACACACGCUGGACCUGCCUGGGGACUGGGAGGAACUGGACCGAGUGGCUAAGCUGGCCGUCGAAGCCCUGACAGCUGUGCACGGGACCGAAUAUGAAUAUGGGUCUUGCAGCAGCAUUCUGUAUCUCGACGCGGGUUCCUCUCGGGACUACGUCAAGGGCGUGGCAGAGGUCCCUUACGUCUACACGAUCGAGCUGAGGGACCAAGGCUACUACGGCUUCCUUCUCCCUCCUGAACAGAUCCUUCCGACGUGCGAGGAGACCUGGGAGGCCAUCCGAGUCGCCGCUAAGGAGGCUCUGGCACUGUGAAGACCCUUUUCAGAGUGACCUGUGAGUCAGAGGCCAGCGAGGUGGCACCGUUUCCCCGAAAAGGAAUUUGUUCUUUAGUCGUGUUAUUAAAAUGUUCCCUUUGCGU